AUGAGCUCAAAGAGAAUUGAACUUUACAUCCCAAGACACUGCUCUGUUACACACACUUUGAUUGCCCCAGAUGACCACUCCUCUGUUCAAAUUAAUGUCCCAGCUGUUGAUGAGAGCGGAGUCAUCACAAAAGACCACGUCACUUUCACUGUCAAGGGUUCAGUCAGAAGAAGCGGUAUUUCCGAUCACACUUUGAAUAGAGAAUUCCAAAGAGAGUCUUUCCUCAAGACUGUGGUCUCGCAAGAAACGAUGCUCUAA